UGCUGGCAGUGGAGGCUAGAAAUGCAGCUUGCAAGCUGCCAGCCAAGGAGCUGAGCCGUGCUCAAGAACAUCUGGAUCAUUUGAAAGGAGGAGUCUGGCCGGGUCUCAGCUUUGGGAAAAUUGUAUGCCAGCCCAAAUACUUUUAUUUAUUUAUUUAUUUAUUUUUUUGUGAAGCUUGUGAAAAUAACCCAGUUUAAAUUUAACUCCGAGCUUCACGUGUCUCGUGUUAAACGAGAGGAUUUUGAUCUCAUUACUUUGGUUGAGAACUGUCCUACAACUGCCAAACAUGGCUACUUUUGAAAAUAUCCUCAAAAACAUUGGGGAAUUUGGAGUAUUCCAGAAGCUCCUCAUUUGUGCACUCAGCUUCCCAACUAUUAUUUUAGGUUUUGAGUUUGCCUGCGUGUUUUUCGUCCAGUCUGACCCGGAGCGACAUUGCAACACAGACUGGAUCCUCAAGGCAGACACGAACCUGACAUGGGACGAGCAGCUGAACUUGACAGUCCCUCGGGAGCACGACGGUUCUUUCAGCAGGUGUCGCAUGUUUGUGCCGGUAGACUGGGACAUGGGAACCAUCAGGGAGUAUGGGCUCAAUGAGACCACGGUGUGCCAGAACGGUUGGGUCUACUCCAGUUCACUUUAUAGUGCCACCAUAGUCACGAAUUUCGAUCUUGUAUGCGAGCGAGCUAAUCUACUGGAAGUGGCACAGACAGUGAUGAUGACUGGCAUUCUGCUCGGUUGUCUCUUAUUUGGACCUUUUGCUGAAUCGUUUGGUCGUAAACGAGCAGCUCAAAUUCCGUUGGUACUAGUCUUCAUUUUCACUAUCACCACCGCAUUGUGCCCCAACUACCCACUGUAUCUGGUAUCCCAGUUUUUGAUGGGCCUCGGCUAUGGAGGUUUCCGACUAAAUGGCGUUACAUUGGCCACAGAGUGGAUCGGUACAUCGAGAAGGUCCUGGGGGGUGUGCGCUACCCAAAUAUGUGGUGCAGUUGGACAGGCCGUCCUUGCCGGUCUGAUCUAUCUUGUCAGAGACUGGAGAGUAGCUCAGCUCAUAACCGCAGCCCUGCUUUUAGUCAUCGUUAUUUAUAUAUGGUUCGUUCCAGAGUCAGCCAGGUGGUUGUUGGAGAGAGGGAGGACAGAAGAGGCUAAAGAGUUGCUUUUGAAGGUGGCGACUAUCAAUAAACGGCAAUUUUCAGACGCUCAUCUGGAAAAGAUUGCUGUAAAAGAAACCGAGAAAAAGAACCGCUUUUUAAUACUUAUCCAAUCAUCUGUACUUAGGAAGUAUUUCUUGGUCAUAUUACUUACAUGGUUCUCAUUGAACGUCGCAUACUACUGCAUUUCAUUUAAUGUGGGGAAAUUCGGCUUGGACAUAUUCCUGACACAGUUUAUAUUUGGACUGAGUGAAAUACCUGCUCAUCUGCUUUGCAUCUGGCAGUUGGAAACACUUGGGAGAAGAGUCUCUUUCAUUGCAACCCUCUUGAUAGGGGGUUCCGUGUGUAUGGUGAUGCUCGCAUUCAAAGAAGGAAAUCCCGUUGCCUAUACAGCGCUGGCCACCUCAGCACGUUUUGUCAUCAUUUGGGCUGUAACCAUAUGUAAUGUUUAUGUUCAAGAGUUAUUCCCAACAUCUUGUCGACAAACAGCCUCUGGUUUGGGCUCGAUUGCAAGUCGGGCGGGGGGUCUUAUCGCUCCGCUGGUCAACAUGUUGGCGAUGUACCAUUGGUCCAUACCCAUCAUCAGCUUCAGUGGGCUCACACUGCUGAGCGGUGGUUUCUGCUUCCUCCUUCCUGAGACACGGGGAAUCGAGCUGCCGGAUUCAGUUGCUGAGGUUGAAAGCAACAGGAACAAGAAGAAAACCAAGAAAGAGAAUAACUCAAAUAUUAUGCACAUGAAAUCAAGUCAACUGUAAUCUCUAUCAUUACUGUUGAAACAAAUGUCCACUAGCAGUUUUCAGUUUAUAUGUAUGCAUGUAUGUACUGUAUGUAUAUAUGUAUUUAUGUGCCAGCUUUGCAAGUGUCAAGCAAGUAAUGUCUCAAGUCUUUGCCCUCAAGUCCCAAGUCAAGUUGCUAACCCUACACUUUGUGCUUCAAGUCCUUGCGAGGAAUUAAAAAUAAUAACAUCACAUGUACACAGAUCAUAAAUGCUUUUGAAAUGUAUAUUUACCACAUCAUAUUUGAUAAACAAUUGCAUUGAACCUUUAUAAGAAAACUAGAGAGGUGAUCCAACACUGAUGCACUUUCGAAGCUGAUCGACAGCUCUGUGUGUGUGUGUGUGUGUGUGUGUGUGUGUGUGUGUGUGUGUGUGUGUGUGUGUGUGUGUGUGUGUGUGUGUGUGUGCGUGGUGGGAGGGGGUUGGCCCUUCAAACCGAUCACGAGUACGUUUUUAGUUAUUGUCCAUUUUCUUAGCCGCUAAUCCUCACAAGGUGAGUGCUGGAGCCUAUCCCAGCUAUCAACGGGUAGGAGGUGCGGUACACUCCGAACUGGUUGCCAGGCAAUCGCAGGGCACGUGAAAACAGAAUCAUUUGCGGACACAUUCACACCUAGGGGCAAUUUAGAGUCUCCAAUCUAUCAUCUUGUGAUAAAUGCACAAUUUUAUCCAACUUUGGUAUCUUGGUCACAAUACACAGGGGCACUACUUAAAAAUAGUUCACUCAUAAUAGGUAGGGAAGAAAAGGACACGAAGAAUAUCCCGUAGCUUCAUGUUUGUAGAUGUCUAGUGAUCGUUAAAUACAGUGAAUAGCUGAGUCAUACUCAUUGAUAAAAACAUAAUGGUUAUAUCAUUGGUGAUAUCUUGCAUUGAACAAAUAUCUACUGUGCAGUGGUAGAAAUGCAAAGCGCGAGUGAGUGUCUGUUUUUCUCUGCUAAAAUUAGCAACUCGUAAUGAGUCGGGAACGAAGUCCAAGUGAAGUCCCGAGUUAUUGCUGAUAUCCGAUGUCCGAGUCAAGUUGUACGUUUUAUAACAUUUUGUCAAGUCCAAAGUCAAGAAAUUCAUGACUCUAGUUUGAUUUGAGUUCAAGUCAUGUGAUUUGAGUCCACACCAAUGAUGUACAGUAUGAGUUGAUCA